AUGGGCAACAAGAGGAAACGCAACAACGCUGUGGCGCAAUUGUCCAAUGCCAAGAAGUCCGCGACUGCCACCACUGGAGGAAUACCAUCUCCGCCCUCUGACCAUGAUCCAACCACUGCUGGCUCCGUGGUCCUCCCCGAAGACAUCGAAAUCGCCGUCGAGACGCUGGAGACGCUGGCCAAGUACCCCAACAUUAUCAAGUCCAAGGCCUGCAAGGACCUCCGGACGGCCGUGUACGAGUUCCGUCAAGCAUGUACAACAGGAUUGAAUGCCGCCGAAGGCAACAACCUUACCGCCCGCAUUUCCGCCGCUCUGACCGAUGGCAAGCAUACCGACGCUCUGAUCCUUCUGGCAGAAAUGCGGAUUCGUAAAGAAACUCCAUCUCUCGGCGCUCUCUGCCGGUGGGUCCGCUGUCUCGACGUCGUGAGCGGCCUUUCCACCCAGCCCGAGGAGGCCAGCAACGCCGCACAAGCACGAUCCGCUCAAAAUCAGGAGCUUCUCCGCGUCCUCGAUGCUAUUCUGCGAGUCACUGGUCCUGUUGAUGAGAAUCCCAUCCCGGGCGAGCGCAAUGGUCCCAUCUCCCGGCAAAAGGUGUGGGAUCUGCGAGACCCCAACACUCCUCAACGACAAACUCGCGCCAGUGUUCUGGACAAAACGAUAUUCCGCAGCUCUCCAUCAACACUCAAAGACAGACUUCACAUCCUGGAAACAAUAUCCGGGGCAGACCGCAAACCGCCCAACCACCAUCCUGCAGUCCUCUUCACAUCAGACAAUAACACCAUCCCUCUCGAACCCUUACCGCGGCCUCCAACCUACCAUACGCAUCCGACAGUCCCAAAUCUACAUUUCAUCAAAGAUGUUCUCACGCCCACUGAAUGCGAAUCCAUCAUCGCAGCAGGCGAGACCGUCGAAUUUAUACCUGACGCACCGAUCAAGGCUGAAGGAGAGGACAUCUCCGUGCUCGCCCAUAAUUUCUACUGGGUGGUCGAUCAAGCCUUCCACGAUGCGUUGUGGGAGCGAGUGGUGCCCUUCAUACCUGCAGAAAUCAGCGGCAAAAGAGCUCGUGGUCUGAAUCGAAGGUUCAGAGUCUAUCGCUACGUUCCCGGCGCGGAGUAUAGAUGUCAUAUCGACGGCGCAUGGCCUCCCUCAGCCAUCUCACCUCCGACUUCCACCCACCCUCGCGGCCAGUACAUCUACGACGCUUCUUCCUCGUCCCCAUCCACACCCACCCCUCUGAUCCCAGGUGGCAAACAAUCCUCCCUCUUCACCUUCCUCAUCUAUCUAUCCGACGACUUUCGUGGCGGCGAAACCACAUUCUUCUUGCCGAGUCAGAGAGAAGGCGUGAUGAACGCCUAUCCCGUGAAACCAUUGCAGGGAAGCGUGGCGGUCUUCCCGCACGGCGAAGCGGAGGGAGCUCUGCUGCACGAAGGAACUGGGGUCGGUGAGGGAGCAAAGUAUGUGAUUCGUACGGAUGUGGAGUUUGAUGUUGAGGCUUCGGCGUGA